AGAGAAAGCAGAGCUCCAGCUGCAGAUCAGCUGACAGACGUGAUGUCUCUGCUGGACCGAGAGAAGUUGUCUUGUCCGAUCUGUCUGGAGCUCCUGAAGAAGCCGGUGACUAUUCCCUGUGGUCACAGCUUCUGCAGCGGCUGUGUUCGAGCCCUCUGGGCCUCAGAGGACCGUGGGGGGGGGGCCAGCUGUCCCGUCUGCAGACAGACCUUCACACCGACGCCCGUCCCCCAGACAAACACCACGUUAGCAGGUCUAGUGGAGCGCCUGAAGGAAACUGAACCCCCGGCUGAAGAUGUGGAACGGGGUUCCUGCUCUGGCCCCAAACCCGUCUCAGCUGCAGCAGAAAGAUCUUCUUCCUGUAGCCGUCUGUCUGUGAAGAGUGAUUGGUCCAAAGAUUCUCCUCCGUUCUUCAGGGACCAGACCCCAAACACACGAUCUUCUUCCUGUAGCCGUCUGUCUGUGAAGAGUGAUUGGUCCAAAGAUUCUCCUCCGUUCUUCAGGGACCAGACCCCAAACACACGGACUCAGGAGGAGCAGCAGUCCUGCUGUGCUUUGUGUCAGGACGUCCUGAAGGAUCCAGUCUCUACCAGCUGUGGACACUGGUUCUGCAGACGGUGCAUCACCUCAUACUGGGACCAGUCUGCUUCAUCAGGAGACUCCUGCUGUUCCCAGUGUGCAGAAAGAUCCAGAACCACAGAUGGACUGCAGAUAGCCAGUCAGACCAGCAUUAUACAAACAGAAAGUGUUCCGAGGAAGGUUUCAGAUAACCAUAAGAUCAGAGUGAAGAGGACAUGUGAACGUGUGACUGAAGGAAGUAAUGUAACAGGAAGUGGAUCCCUCCUCAGCAGGAUCUACUCUGAGGUCUACAUCACAGAUGGCCAGAGUGAAGAAGUUAAUACCCAACAUGAGGUGAGGCAGCUCGAGACAGCUUCCAAGAUGGAGACCCUCCAUGACUCUCCAAUCAAGUGCAGCGACAUCUUUAAAGUCUUACCUGACCAACAGAAACACAUCAGAGUCGUUAUGAUGAUCGGCGUCGCUGGCGUUGGAAAAACCUUCUCAGUGCAGAAGUUCUGUCUGGACUGGGCCGAGGGUUCGGAAAACCAAGAUGUGGAUCUGGUGAUUCCUCUUUCCUUCAGGGAGCUGAACUUGAUCAAAGAUGAGCAGUACAGUCUUCUGGAGCUGCUCCGUGUUUUCCAUCCAACAUUACAGGAGGUCACAGCAGAGCAGCUCGCUGGCUCUAAAGUUCUCUUCAUCUUUGACGGCCUGGAUGAAAGCAGACUUUCACUGGAUUUCAACAAGAGGAAGGUUGUUUCUGAUGUCACACAGAAGUCAUCAGUCAACGAGCUGUUGACAAACCUCAUCCAGGGGAAGCUGCUUCCCUCGGCUCUCGUCUGGAUAACUUCCCGACCUGCAGCAGCCAAUCAGAUCCCUCCUGCGUGUGUUGACAGGGUAACAGAAGUACAAGGCUUUGCUGAUGCCCAGAAGGAGGAGUACUUCAGGAAGAGAGUCAGUGAUGAAGAUCUGUCCAGUAGAAUCAUCUCCCACAUCAAGACAUCCAGGAGCCUCCACAUCAUGUGUCUGAUCCCAGUCUUCUGCUGGAUCACUGCUACAGUUCUGGACCACAUGUUGACUACAGGCCAGAGAGGAGAGCUGCCCAAGACCCUGACUGACAUGUACUCACACUUCCUGCUGGUUCAGACAAAGAGGAAGAAGCUCAAGUAUGCUGAGGGACAUGAGACGAGUCCACAGGAGCUGACGGAGGCUGACAGGGAAGUUCUUCUGAAGCUGGGGAGGCUGGCAUUUGAACAGCUGCAGAAAGGAAACAUCAUGUUCUACCAAGAAGACCUGGAGCGCUGUGGUCUGGAUGUCACAGAGGCCUCGCUGUACUCAGGAGUUUGUUCAGAGAUCUUCAAAAGAGAGAGUGUGAUCUUCCAGAAAACAGUUUACAGCUUCGUUCAUCUGAGCGUUCAGGAGUUUCUGGCUGCAGUCUACCUGUUCCACUGUUACACCAACAGGAAGACACAGGUACUGGAGGACUUCCUGGAAAAUAGAGAUGAUGAUGAUGAUGAGGACGAUGAUGAAGACGACGGCAAUGACGAUGACCUUUACCCAUCUCUAGAUGACUUCCUGAUGAAAGCCAUGGACAAAUCCCUUGAAAGUAAAAAUGGCCACCUGGACCUGUUUGUCCGCUUCCUUCAUGGCCUCUCUCUGGAGUCCAACCAGAGACUCUUAGGUGGCCUGCUGGGUCAGACAGACAACAGUCCAGAAAUCAUCCAGAGAGCCAUCAACAAUCUCAAGGAGAUGAAUGCUAAGUUGAUCUGUCCGGACAGAAGCAUCAACAUCUUCCACUGUCUGACAGAGAUGAACGACCACUCGGUCCAUCAGGAGAUCCAAGAGUUCCUGAAAUCAGAGAACAGAUCGGAGAAGAGACUCUCUGAGAUCCACUGCUCAGCUCUGGCCUACAUGCUGCAAAUGUCCGACGAGGUUCUGGAUGAGUUGGACCUGGACAAGUACAAAACAUCAUGGGAGGGUCGACUCAGACUGAUCCCAGCUGUGAGGAACUGCAGAAAGGCUCGACUUCGUGAAUGUUGGCUGUCAAAGACUCACUAUGAACUUGUGGCUUCAGCUCUGAAGUCCAACCCCUCCCAUCUGAGAGAGCUGGACCUGAGAGGAAGCAAGCUGCAGGACUCAGGAGUGAAGCUGUUGUCUGCAGGACUUGAGAGUCCACACUGUAGACUGAAGUCACUUUCACUUGCCAAUUCUGGACUGACAGAGAUCAGCUGUGCUUCUCUGGUCUCAGUUCUGAAGUCUAAUUCCUCUCAUCUGAGUGAGCUGGACCUGAGCAGAAACAACCUGCAGGAUUCAGGAGUGAAGCAGCUGUCGCCUGGACUGCAGAGUCCAGAAUGUACUCUGGAGACUCUCGGAUUGAGUGACUGCGGUUUGUCAGAGAUCAGCUGUGCUUCUCUGGCCUCAGCUCUAAAGUCCAACCCCUCCUAUCUGAGAGAGCUGGACCUGAGUAACAACCACGAGCUUCAGGAUUCAGGAGUGAAGCUUCUGUGUGAAUUUCUGGAGAGUCCACACUGUAGACUGAAGACUCUGAGACUUCAUCACUGUGAGCUACCGGGGAUCUGCUGUGCUUCUCUGGCCUCAGCUCUGAAGUCCAACCCCUCCCAUCUGAGAGAGCUGGACCUGAGCUACAACAAGCUGCAGGAUUCAGGAGUGAAACUUCUGUCUGCUGGACUGCAGAGUCCAGACUGCAGACUGGAGACUCUGAGGUUGAUUUGCUGUCUUCUGACGGAAGGAAGUUGUCUUUCUCUAGCAUCAUAUCUGAAGUCCAACCCCUCCCAUCUGAGAGAGCUGGAGCUGAGCUUUAACAAGCUGCAGGAUUUAGGAGUGAAGCGGCUGUGUGAUUUUGUGAAGAGUCCACAUUUCAGACUGGAGACUCUGAGGUUAAAGGACUGUAAGAUCACAGAUGACGGCUGUACUUCUCUGGCCUCAGCACUGAAGUCCAACCCCUCCCAUCUGAGAGAGCUGGACCUGAGUAACAACUACAGGCUGCAGGGUCCAGGAGUUAAGCUGCUGUGUAAUCUUAUGGAGAGUCCAAACUGUAGACUGGAGACUCUGGAGGUUACUGGAGGAGGGUGCUCGGCUGCAGCUGACGGACACGAAGCCACAGAUCCGUCCACGUCAGAGCCAGACCUCGAUGUGUCUGGGGACAGAAGAGAGGAUCAGCUGAGUCCUGAUGAUCUAGAGCGGUUGAAGCAGCCGACUGUGUGUGGAGAGUCUUCCAACACAGAUGUCAGUUCUUCACUUUAACAUUUUUGUUUAUUCGUGACCAUUUUUUCCUUCAUCAUCUGAUUCUGAUUCUGAACUUGUGUAUCUGUUGUCACCGAGUACUGUACGCUAAAAAAAUAAAUAUUUGUUACGAGCUGUUUUCUACUAACCCUGUAUGAUGGGAUUGCUAUCAUUGUUGGUAAACUUUUUGGAAAACAUUAACAAACCCAGAGUAUGAAUGUCAUAUAACUUCAGUCAUAACAGAAAAAUAAUUGAAAAUAAUUUAAAUUAAAACUACUUUAAAGUAUUUUUUUCUGGUUAAAUUACUUAGUAUUUGAACGUAGACUUGCAUACUCGCUGAUAGCGAUAUGUAGUCUGGCUAUCACCAUACCAAGCUCCAUCUUUUAAGAUUGGUUUACCCCGUCUAAGCGAUAUCAUCUUUUUAGGCUGUAUCGGAGGCUUUUCUGAUACUGGUAUCGGUAUGGGAACAACUCUUAUCAGACUGGGUUCCUCAGUUCAAGAUCAAGAUUCAAGAUUUACUUUAUUGUCAUUGUCAUGUGUACUUCUUUAUAUAAAAAAAAAAAUAUUGUUCCCCCAGCUUCUGUCAGUAUAAAACAAGGAAAUAAAUAGAAUAAAAACACAUAAAAUACAGCAUAUAGGAGGAGCUUGGGCACAGAGUAUUAAAGUGCAGUGGAGAGUUGCGGCUUGUGCAGAAUAGCAGCACAGUAUGUAAAGUGCAGGUGCAAUGCAGUCAUGUGUUUAGUCCAAACGAAGUGCAGUUAAGGCAGGUAGCUGCACAGUAGGGAAGCAUGGCAGUGUUAGAAAUAAAUAUAAUCAGUCAAGCUGGCUGUGCUUUAUGAGAAUACAAAUUAUAAGUUGAAUAGUGUUGUGUGUUUAGUGGAAAAGUACUGAGAGCUUAGUCAUGCAAAAUGAGGAAAAGACACUGUUGUACGUGCAGAAAGCAGCACUGAUGAUGGUGGUCAGAAAGCAACAAGAGUGCAGCAACAAAGUUAAUAUCAGUUUGAUAUCAGUUUGACCAUGAAGUUACUCCUCAAUCUAUGACAGACAACAGUGCAUUGUUCUCUCUGACCACCAGCAUAGUUACAGUCUGCCUAGCAACUGAUGAAGAGGGCGUGUGCCAGGAGGCUGGGACUAGUCUGUGCACCAACCAGGGGAGGCUAAGUUUAAACCACGGCACUCCUCCAACCUUUAAUAAACUAAUCAAAAUGCUCCUAGAGACUGCUGUAUGAAUUCAUGUAUAAGCCAGGGAAUUCAGUCUGAUGAGAGAAGCCUGAGUGCCUGCUCAACUCAGACCCCGUGUACACGUAUAUACUCUUAGGAGUUUACUUAAAUAAAUACUUGUUAAACUUUUAAA